UGCAGAAUGGUCAAGUUAUCUUAUACGUUGUUCGGGAUUGUGUUUCUGGCACUGGCCGCCAGAACACUGCCUUGGUUGGUUUCAUUAAAUAUGAAACUUAUUAACGCCGUACUCAAGGGCAAUUCAACAGGCAGUGCCGCCUUUUCGCCUUUUUUGCUCACACACAAUAUGCUCGUAUUUUCUGCAUUCACUGGCGCCGGCCCAACGGCUAAACAGAUAAAUGAAGCUAUGAUGUUUUUUGUACACUUGGACGAUUUUACUAACGCCACACGUGAUUUGAAUAGUGACUAUAUGGACAGAACUUCCGAAGAAACUAACGAAUUUAGAGCAAUGGGAAAAGAACGCCAAACGAACAGUGACAAUAUUGGUUUACUGAAAGAUGAAGGGACUCAUUUAGUCCCGGUUGGUAUUCGCAUCGAAAGUGCUUGGUUUGUCGGUAAAGAUUUUUUACCUGAUGAGGAAACCGAAAAGGCUUUAGCGACCUUGAAUAAGUGGAUAACGCAAAACACAAACCAAAAAAUAGAGUUUUUCAUAAACGAAACUAGUCCAGAUAUGAAAAUAAACUUGGUACUGACGGCCUACUUCAAUGCGGAGUGGAAAUAUGCAUUCGAUCCGAAACUUACGAAAAAGGUGGACUUCCACACGAGCGCAAAUACGGUUACUCCCGUCGAUAUGAUGAGUAUAACGGGUGAAUUUGUGCUCGAAUAUAUCAAGGCAAUAGACACCGACGUCCUGCACCUACCAUUCAAGCAAAAACAUUUGAAAAUGACGCUUCUAGUGCCGAGGAAAAUUGAUGGCAUCAACACUCUUAUCCAGAACCUGACGAUGGUCCAUAUGACGAAUUUGCAUCGGCGGGGCAAAGCGAGGCCAGUCAAUGUCCAGCUUCCCAAGUUCAAAAUCGACUCUGAAGAUGACUUGAAGAAACCGAUGCAGGACCUGGGAAUACACGAUUUGUUCAGCAACGUGAAUAUUUCAAAGUUGGCCACUUCUAAAGGGCCACUGAAAGUGGAUCACAUAAUACAAAGAGUCGUACUAGAUGUUGAUGAACGUGGCGCCGAAGUGGCAUUCGCUUCAAGAACAUCGCUGAAACCUCAGCAUAUUGUGGUGGACCGUCCGUUUCUGUUCCUUGUCCGGGAAGACAACGAUGUCUAUUUCGCGGGACGUGUCAACUUCACGCCUUAAUAGGAAGUCAUCGA